UCUAGCCAAUAUCUGUUGGCACCAUCAGUUUUAUCAAUGUCGUCGUCACUAGUUCGUCCUCGUCCUCGUGUUAUGGUGAAUGGAAUAAGAAGAAUGAGAACCUUCCGUUUCUUCUGGUGCCGACAUUGCCAACAUACUGUAAGAAUUGCCUCUUACAACCCGUACGGACUUCAAUGUCACUAUUGCUCCAAUGAGCUCAAUCAUGAGCUCGAUGUAUUAAAUCCUGCUGCCUCUGUUAAUAACCACCUUCAAGCCCUAGAACCUUCCCCCGCUGCGCGCUUACUUCAAAACCUAGCUCUCGUUUUUGAUCAACCCCCUCCGAGGCACCACCGACGCCUUCGAUGGCAAAUAGAAACCGACAAUGAGCCAGUAGAUCAUCCACGGUCUUGGAUCACCCUCCAUUUGGACAGACCGCCAAGACUUGUAGCUCCAGUACCACAAAAUGCCACCCUCGACGAGGAUCAUACUAGUAACGCUACUUUACAGGAAGGAACAAACGAGGUUCAGGAUGAGCGUCUGGGGCCGCCGCCGGCGCCCUGUUGGGGAAUACAAGGAUUGCCGACGGUGGAAGUCACGGAAGAGGGGUUGAUGAAGGAACCCAAUUGUCCGGUUUGCAAGGAAGGGUUUGUGGUUGGUGAAGAAGUGAGAGAAAUGCCAUGCACGCAUGUAUAUCAUUCUGAUUGCAUUGUCCCUUGGUUGAGCUUACACAAUACUUGUCCGGUUUGCCGAUAUGAGCUGAACAAUGGGGUCAAUCAAUUUGGAGAUCGUAAUGAAAAUUAUUACGCAGAUGAGGAAGAAGAAGAGGUGACGUCACGAUAUUGUUGGUGGAAUCAUUUUCUUUCCUUGUGGCCAUUUCGUGUACUAGUUCAUCGGCGGCAAAGUUACCUUGAUAACCAAGCAAGGCGUCAUGAAAAAGAUGUUUUCCAAGAAAUCACUCAUUUACCACCAAUCCAAGAAAUUGAAUUCAACAUUGACCUAAUACCCGAAGCUAGUCCAAUGUCUGUGACAACCUAUAGAAUGGCACCAAAGGAAUUAGAUGAGCUACAAAAGCGAAUCAAUGAGUUGCUCGAUCUUGGACUUAUUCGACGUAGUUCUUCUAGCUGGGGAGCUCCUGUGUUGUUCGUGAAGAAGAAAGAUGGAUCUCUCCGUCUAUGCAUCGAUUACCGACAAUUAAACAAGGUGACUAUCAAGAACAAGUACCCAUUGCCGCGAAAUGAUAAUUUAUCUGAUCAAGUACGAGGAGCUCGAGUAUUCUCAAAUCGACUUACGCUUUGGGUAUCACCAACUUCUUGUCAAAAAGGAUGA